CUCUUCGAUCAAACUUAAUAAUUAAUCUGUGCAAAUUGGGUUUGAAAAUUCAAAACACAAGACUUAAAAAAUAUAUUCCGAUUGUUACGUACUUUACCGCUUGAGUUGAGAUAUAUGAUGUACGCUAAUCAAAAAUGUAAAGCGUCAUAUUUAUGCAAGUUAUUUAGCAAGUAGCAACUCUAUUAUAAAUGACGCAUAGUAAUCACUAAUCAGCGUAAGCAACUCUCAACUUUAAUUAUAAAUUAUUAUGGAUUAUAAAUCUAAGAUAAACUUUCAAAAAUGCAUAUACUUUAAUACUUGGAUGUACAUUGUUUGGUUCUGUACAGCUGGUUUUUUCUUUUGUAUUAAGUUACAGAAAAAUCAAUAUGACCACCUUGUGAAGUAUUUAUCUAUAACAUUAUUUUUUAUGUUCACAAUCAUAGAAUAUAUAAGACUUUAUCUUGGACAGACUGGCAAUCUAUUAAGUCAGGUUCCAGAAAUGGCUGGUUUCUUAAUGUUGAGUGUGUUUAUGCAAAUGCCACUUAUCACCUAUUUUUUAUUCAACCCAUACUUAAUGAACACUCCAAUUGAAGUCACACUCCAUGCAGUUAUGUGGACAAUUAUAUUUUUAGAAAUUUUGUUAGGCUAUCAGGCAUUGAAACAAGCAUCCACUGUUGCUAAAGAUUUAUAUUUUGGUGUGAGAACGAGAAAUGGAUAAGUAGGAUAUGACACCAAUGAGAUGUUGGUUACCUUUUCAAAACUCUAGGCUGGAAGCCUACAGGAAUUCACAAGCCCUCCUAAAAAUGCAGUACAUACACCAAUGUGAAAUAGAAUGUGUUUAAAAACAUAAUAUGUUAACACAGGCUAAUGUGGGUUCUUUAAAAAAAUAAAGUUACAAUUUUGUUCUUUAGCUUGA